AUGGCAGCAACACCGGGAACAGAGCAAGGAGCAAACAAAGAAAAGCUUUCAGAUGUCCUGCAGAGAGAUUGCUUGCAGGAUGAGCACGACGAGGCAGCCCAGCAGCAGGCCAAGAGUUGGAGACACUUCACUGACAAGAUUGUGCAACUCCGUUUUUGCAUGAGAUCACUGGCGAAGAAGAUUGCAACCAAGUUCCAGAGAGUUCACAGCCAGGUCUGCGCGGAAUGUAGGUGUGAGAACCAGCAGGUGCCGCAGCCGAGAUUCAUAUUCCGUGUUGUGGAAUCCACGAAGUCCGCGAGCAUGCGGGUGUUCUCGAGAAACAGUAGCAGUGGCGCCGGGGAUUCCUCGAUAACUGUCAGGCUUGCAACGAUGAACGUCGCAAUGUUCUCGUUAGCUUCUGCUGUUCCAGGUAACAAGUCUCAAACCUUAUACUUUCAUGCAGAAGAUCUAGAUCUCUCAUCAGUCAACGUUUCGUGCACUCUUUUGAAUCAUGCAACGUUGGAAGGAUACUCCAGCAUGGAUUGCUACAAUCCCACAUUUGGAUCUUGCCCAACGCCGCCGCUUGGUGCGCUCUUGCUGGAACCGAUCAGUCCGCCAGCAGACCAAGUCGAAGCCGAGGCGAUUGCAACCGUUUUCGCGCACCACCACCGCUCGAAGGUGAAUCCGGCCUUCAGCCCAAACCCGUUUUACAGCUUCCACUCGAGCCCCUGCAUCGAGCUGGGCACCCCGCUCUUCGCGAAGAGCUUCCACAAGGCCUCGGUGUUUGAAGUGCUGAGAGACUCCAAGGCGGACUUGAUAGCGCUCCAGGAAGUCCGGGCCGAGGAGGAGAAAGGCAUGUCGCCGCUGACGGACCUGGCCGAAGCACUGGGCAUGCACUACGCUUACGCGGAGAGCUGGGCGCCGGAGUUUGGAAACGCGAUUCUUUCUCGGUGGCCCAUCAAGAGUACGAGCGUCAAGAGGAUAUACAACUCUUCGGACUACAGGAACUUGCUCAAAGUGGUGGUGGACGUGCCAUCGUUUGGAGAGGUUUGCUACUGCUGCACUCACCUCGACCAUCUGGACGAGGACUGGAGGAUCAAACAGGUCUCGGCCAUACUGGAGGACACGAGAAAGGUGCCGCAUUUUCUAGCCGGCGACCUUAACUCUCUCAACCGGCCAGACUACUCCCAGGAGCGCUGGGCCGAGAUAGCCAAGGCAAGCUCUUUCUUCCAAGCUUGCCAGCUGCGAGCGGAGAACAGGAAAAUGGCUCCCAGGUCUGAUGUUAUGGAGAGAUUGCUGGUCGAGAAAGGUUACAUGGAUUCUUGCGCGGUGGCCUCUCCGGAAAUUCCAGCACUGGUUCGCGGCCAAGAGAUUCAAGGGACUUGCAAGCACAACACGCGGAUCGACUAUAUACUCGCGUCACCACAUCUUCAGUACAGAUUUAUCCCGGGCUCAUACAAAGUGGUGUCCUCUAGAGGUACCUCAGAUCACCACCUUGUCACUGUUGACAUUGGGUGGUCGUAAGGAUCAAAGAAUGCUUCAAACAAAACUU